AUGUCCCGUUACUCGGUGAAUGGCUCGGUGAAUACACGAUUUUUCAUAUCUUCCCACUCAUGGGACCGCGGUCCCCUCAACCUCCUCUCUCGCCUCCUCUCGGCAGCGCACUCUCCGUCGUCGCUGUUGUCUCCGCUGGACACGUUCACUGACAGACAUGUUGGUCCUGACGAGCGUGAGGUCUCGCAUAUGCUCUCGCAGUUGGGAUACGAGUCCAUGGACGCGUUCGUCGCGGCGACGGUGCCCUCGAAAAUCAGGGUUGCGUCGGCUGCAGUGAGCAAUGAGUCCAUUCCUUCUCUCAGCGAGUCCGAACUGCACCGUCGGGCACGCGAGCUCGGGAAGUUGAACACGCCCGUCAAGAGCUACAUCGGUAUGGGAUACCACAACGCUGUGGUACCUCCUGUCAUUCUACGAAACAUCAUGGAAAGCCCGGCUUGGUACACUCCAUAUACUCCUUACCAGCCUGAGAUUGCCCAAGGUCGCCUGGAGUCACUGGUCAACUAUCAGACGAUGAUUAUGUCUCUUACGGCCAUGGACAUAGCGAAUGCGUCCCUCCUCGAUGAAGCAACCGCAGCCGCGGAGGGUAUGGUCAUGGCAUUCAUAGCGGCAAAUCAGAAGAAGCGCACCUUCCUAGUCGAUUCGGGUGUCUCACCGCAGACCCUAGCCGUCCUUCGGACCCGCGCAAAGGGCUUUGGUAUCCAUCUUGUCAUAGGGGAUGUUUUCUCAGCCCUCAAGGACGAGGCAAUCUCGUCGGACCUCUGUGGUGUGCUCGUGCAGUACCCAGAUGUCAAUGGUGAUAUCAAGGACUUUGGCAGUAUUGCGGACACGGUGCACGGUGCCGGCGCGCUCUUGGUUUGCGCGAGCGACCUCCUGGCUCUUACUAUGCUCAAACCACCCGGCGAGUGGGGUGCGGACAUCGCUCUCGGUAACUCUGCUCGGUUUGGAGUGCCCGCUGGCUAUGGUGGUCCGCACGGCGCAUUCUUCGCAUGCACGGACAAACUGAAGCGGAAGAUGCCUGGAAGGCUCAUUGGUCGUAGCAAGGAUGCUCAGGGCAAUCCGGCAUACAGAUUGGCACUACAAACUCGGGAACAACACAUCCGGCGUGAAAAGGCAACUAGCAACAUCUGCACCAGUCAGGCGCUCCUCGCCAACAUGGCUGCUAUGUAUGCUGUCUACCACGGCCCCGUCGGUCUCAAGCGCAUCGCGGAGAAGGUCAGCGCACUGACCCAGAUCCUGAAGUCACUGGUCGAGAAACACGGUUACAAGGCUACCAACGCGAACUUCUUCGACACCCUCACGUUCGAUGUCACUGGUGCCGUCAAGGACGCGGACGCUGUGCACGCGUCCGCCCUGGCCUCCGGAAUCAACCUUCGCAAAGUGGACGAGAAGCACGUUGGCGUGACCCUUGACGAGAGCGUCUCUGCCGAGGAUGUCGUGUCGCUUGCCAACGUCUUCGCGUCCGCCGCCUCCGGGUCUCCCGUGUCCGCAUCUGACCUCGCGCUCCCGGCCUCGCUCGCGCUGCCCGCCGCCCUGCAGCGCACGUCGGGCUACCUCCCGCACCCGGUCUUCAACGCGCACCACUCGGAGACGGAGAUGCUGCGCUACAUUUACCACCUGCAGGGCAAGGACCUGGGCCUCGUCCACGCGAUGAUCCCGCUCGGGAGCUGCACGAUGAAGCUGAACAGCACGAGCAGCAUGAUCCCGCUCACGUGGCCCGAGUUUGGCGGCGUGCACCCGUUCGCGCCGACGGACCAGGUGAAGGGCUAUGCGCAGGUGAUCAAGGAGCUUGAAGAGGACCUGUGCAAGAUCACUGGUUUCCAUGCGUGCUCCGUGCAGCCCAACUCCGGUGCUGCUGGAGAGUACGCAGGUCUUUCGGUCAUUAGGGCUUACCACGAGUCGCGUGGAGAGGGGCAUCGUGACAUCUGUCUCAUUCCCGUCAGCGCACACGGAACAAACCCUGCUUCCGCGGUCAUGGCUGGUCUCAAAGUCGUCCCUAUCAAGACUCACGCGGACGGCAACUUGGACCUGGAUGAUCUCAAGGCGAAGGCGGAGAAGCACAAGGACAAGCUUGCAGCAUUCAUGAUCACGUACCCUUCUACAUUCGGUGUCUUCGAGGACGGUGUUGCGGACGCUUGCAAGAUCAUCCACGACAAUGGGGGUCAGGUUUACCUCGAUGGUGCGAAUCUGAAUGCCCAGAUUGGUGUGACUAACCCUGCUACUUGCGGCGGCGAUGUUUGCCAUAUGAACUUGCACAAGACUUUCGCCAUUCCGCAUGGAGGGGGUGGUCCCGGUGUUGGCCCUAUUUGUGUUGCAGAGCAUCUAGCACCCUUCCUCCCCGGUCAUCCCGUCGUCCCGACGGGCGGUUCCCAGGCCAUCGAUGCGGUGGCUGCUGCACCUUACGGCAGUGCAUCCAUCCUUCUCAUCUCCUGGGCAUACAUCAAGAUGCUCGGCGGUGACGGUCUGUCUACCGCGUCGAAGGUGGCACUCCUGAAUGCGAACUACAUGGCACACCGUCUGUCCGAGCAUUACACCUUGCGUUACAAGAACGGCAACGGUCGUGUCGCGCACGAGCUGCUCAUUGACCUCGCCGAGUUUGACAAGGCCGCGGGUUUGAAGGUGACAGACUUCGCGAAGCGACUGCAGGACUACGGUUUCCACCCACCUACCUGUUCUUGGCCCAUUUCGACAUGUAUGCUUAUCGAGCCCACCGAGUCAGAAUCGCUGGAAGAAAUUGACAGAUUCUGCGAUGCAAUGAUCCAAAUUCGUCGAGAGGCAGAGGACGUUAUCACCGGCAAGCAGCCGAAGGAUAACAAUGUCCUGAAGAACGCACCCCAUCCCAUCUCUGUGAUUGUACUGCCAGAAGACCAAUGGAACCGCCCGUAUUCCCGUCAAACGGCUGCAUUCCCGGUACCUUGGCUCCUAGAGAGGAAGUUCUGGCCUACUGUGUCCCGAGUCGAUGAUGGUGAGUACUUUGUCCUCACAUAUGAAUGCCGUGCUGCAACUCACUUGCUUGUGUUGUGA